CACACUAUAUUAUAUAUAAAAUGUCAAAUAAGAUUGGAAACAAAUUAAGCAUCGACCAAGUUGAUGUUAAAGGUAAAAGAGUUUUAAUUAGAGUUGAUUAUAAUGUUCCAUUAAAUGGUACUGAAAUUACCAACACCCAAAGAAUUGAUGCAUCAAUUCCAACUUUAAAAUAUUGUUUAGAAAAUGGAUGUAAAGCUAUUAUUUUAAUGUCACAUUUAGGUCGUCCAGAUGGUGUUGCUAAAAAAGAAUAUUCACUUGCCCCAGUUGUACCAGUUUUAGAAAAAGCUUUAGGCAAAAAAGUCGAAUUCCUUAGUGAUUGUGUUGGUGAAGAAGUUGAAAAAGCUUGUGCCAGUCCAGCUGAUGGAUCAGUUAUUUUAUUAGAAAAUCUUAGAUUCCACGCUGAAGAAGAAGGUUCAGGUGUUGGUGCUGAUGGUAAGAAAUUCAAACCAUCUGGCGAAGAUGUAAAGAAAUUCCGUGACUCACUCACUAAACUCGGUGAUGUCUAUUGCAAUGAUGCUUUUGGUACUGCACAUAGAGCCCAUAGUUCAAUGGUUGGUGUCAAUCUCCCACAAAAAGCCGCUGGUUUCCUUAUGAAGAAAGAAUUAGAAUACUUUGCCAAAGCUUUAGAAUCACCACAAAAACCAUUCUUAGCAAUUCUUGGUGGUGCCAAGGUCAGUGACAAAAUCAAAUUAAUCGAAAACCUUUUAGAUAAAGUUGACGAAAUGAUCAUUGGUGGUGGUAUGGCUUUCACCUUCAAGAAAUACAUUGAAAACAUUGAAAUCGGUUCAUCAUUAUUAGAAAAAGAUGCAGAACAAAUCACCAAAAACAUUAUUGCCAAAGCUCAAAAGAACAAUGUCAAACUCCACUUCCCAGUCGACUUUGUUAUUGCUGACAAAUUCGCAAAAGAUGCACAAUCAAAGACUGUUACCCAAGAAGAAGGUAUCCCAGCUGGUUGGAUGGGUUUAGAUUGUGGUCCAAAAACCAACGUAUCAAACAAAGAAACCGUUUUAAGAGCCAAAACUAUCGUUUGGAAUGGUCCAAUGGGUGUUUUCGAAUUUGAUAAAUUUGAAACUGGUACCAAAGAAGUUAUGAAUGCAGUUGUCGAAGCCACUACCAAAGGCGCCAUCACCAUUAUUGGUGGUGGUGAUACUGCUACUUGUGCUGCCAAAUAUGAAACUGAAAAAAAAGUUAGUCACGUCAGUACUGGUGGUGGUGCUUCAUUAGAACUCCUCGAAGGUCGUGAGUUACCAGGUGUUACUGCUCUCUCUGAUAAAAAUUAAUAAAUUUAUAAUUAAAACAAAUUUUAUAAAUAAAUUAUAAAAUGUAUAUUUUUAAUAAACAAAUAAUUUU